AUGUCGGUAAACGAACAAACCCCUGGACAACGUUUUCUUGUAAAAGUGUCCCAAAAAUUGAGCAAGGAGCGUUUUGAACAUGCAUUUGGUGUGGAUCAGGUUGCUGAAUGGGAUGUGGAGUGGUCGGUCUUUGAAAAUACCAAUCAUGAUGUAUUGCAAGAACAGGAAUUUGAGGACAUUUCAAUCAGAAAGAACAUUCGUACCUUAGCAAAGACAAUUUCUAAAAAACGAUCAGAAAAUAUGAAUACAACGCAAAAAGAAUGUUUUUUAGAUGUAUUGGAUUUGAAAGAGCAAUAUAUCAUGAUGGCGUAUGAUAGGAUUGAAGCGUACAGUGCGGAAUAUUUUAAACUUCUUCAUCCCGAAAGUAACAUUUGCUUUGGCUUGAAAAAAGGAGGAGAUCAAUUAGGAGUCGUCAUGAACAUCACUACUGGACCAAGAAAUGAACAACCACUCCGUUAUUAUAUCAAAACUCAUGCUCUCGGAAGAAAAGAAUUCAAUUCCUCAACAGUUCCAAAACCAGUGGAACCACUGGAGCUCAUUGUUUACAAAGUGUUAGAAAAGCUUCAGUUAUGUCCACAAGUCCAUUUCAUAUGCAGAGAUGAAAAGGAUUUGUUGAUUGCAACUCUUGAUGCAGGUCAGAAUGGAGACUUUCAAGAAUUCUCAACGAUAAUGAAACAACCCGAAAAGAUAACAUGUCAAGUUUGGGGUAAUUUACUCGAGUAUUAUUUUGAAGGGAAUGGGUUACUUGCUUCAUUCAAUGAAGAAGUAUUGAAUGAGAAGGCUCACAAAUUCAUUGAACAAUUGUCAAUGAUGGACAUGAUUAUGAGAAUAUUCAAUUUAAGAGAUUGCAUUAACAAUACUACCAAUUUUGGAUUCAUGAUUCCUGAUGGGGAUUUAAAAGUUAUUGAUUUCAGAGCAGAAUUGGAGCCGUUCACAGAAGAAUGCUUUAAGGAUUUUAGGAAUGGAAACGGAAUGUUCAGAGUUGACCGUGCUCAUUAUUCAAUAAUAUAUCCUCUCUUUGGUCGCCCAUGGAAAAAGAGAUUACAAACUGCAAUGUUACUCGUUCAAGAAGGAAUGUUGUGCAAUCUUUCAGAAGUGCUUAAGGAAUCUGUUGAUUUUGUCAUUACACAAUUCUCGAACAAUGAUCUUUCACACUUGGUAUCAAAAGUGAAAGAUCGGCACACUCUAUUACAAACUAAUAUUGACACCUUUAUUCGCUAUUUAAACGAACAGAAAUUGAAACAAUGA